UCAAGCUAUGUGUACGCGCUCGCGGACUUCGUAGCGUGUUGAAUUCUACCUUUUUCCUCUCUUGCCAUGGCUAGCCGAGGGGCUCGGCAGCGCCUGAAGGGUGGUGGCAGCAGCGGCGGGGACACGUCCCCGGCCGCAGAUAAGCUGCGGGAGCUGCUGGGCAGCCGAGAUCCGGGAGGCACGGAGCACCGGCCAGAGUCAUCUGGAAACAAAGCAGGACAGGUCUGGGCACCUGAAGGAUCUACUGCAUUCAAGUGUCUGCUUUCAGCAAGGUUAUGUGCUGCUCUCCUGAGCAACAUCUCUGACUGCGAUGAAACAUUCAACUACUGGGAACCAACACACUACCUCAUCUAUGGGAAGGGGUUUCAAACUUGGGAAUAUUCCCCAGUGUAUGCCAUUCGCUCCUAUGCUUACCUGUUGCUUCAUGCCUGGCCAGCUGCUUUUCAUGCAAGAAUUCUACAAACUAAUAAGAUUCUUGUCUUUUACUUUUUGCGAUGUCUUCUAGCUUUUGUGAGCUGUAUUUGUGAACUUUACUUUUACAAGGCUGUGUGCAAAAAGUUUGGGCUCCAUGUAAGUCGAAUGAUGCUAGCCUUCUUGGUGCUCAGCACUGGCAUGUUUUGUUCAUCAUCUGCAUUUCUUCCUAGUAGCUUCUGUAUGUAUACCACGUUGAUAGCCAUGACUGGAUGGUAUAUGGACAAGACUCCCAUUGCUGUACUGGGAGUAGCAGCUGGGGCUAUCUUAGGCUGGCCAUUCAGUGCGGCUCUUGGUUUACCCAUUGCCUUUGAUUUGCUCGUCAUGAAACACAGGUGGAAAAGUUUCUUUCAUUGGUCACUGGUGGCCCUAAUUCUCUUUCUGGUACCUGUGGUGGUCAUCGACAGCUACUAUUAUGGGAAGUUGGUCAUUGCACCACUCAACAUUGUUUUGUAUAAUGUCUUCACUUCUCAUGGACCUGAUCUUUAUGGUACAGAACCCUGGUAUUUCUAUUUAAUUAAUGGAUUUCUGAAUUUUAAUGUAGCCUUUGCUUUGGCUCUUUUGGUCUUGCCACUGACUUCUCUUAUGGAAUACCUGCUGCAGAGAUUUCAUGUUCAGAAUUUAGGCCACCCAUACUGGCUUACCUUGGCUCCAAUGUUUUGGUUUAUAAUUUUCUUCAUCCAGCCUCACAAAGAGGAGAGGUUCCUUUUCCCUGUAUAUCCACUUAUAUGUCUCUGUGGCGCUGUGGCUCUUUCUGCACUUCAGAAAUGUUACCACUUUGUGUUUCAACGAUACCGCCUGGAGCACUAUACCGUGACAUCAAAUUGGCUGGCCUUAGGAACUGUAUUCCUCUUUGCUUUAUCAUUUUCCCGCUCUGUGGCACUAUUCAGAGGAUAUCAUGGGCCCCUUGAUUUGUAUCCAGAAUUUUACCGAAUUGCUACAGACCCAACCAUCCACACUGUCCCAGAAGGCAGACCUGUGAAUGUCUGCGUGGGAAAAGAGUGGUAUCGAUUUCCCAGCAGCUUCCUUCUGCCUGAAAAUUGGCAGCUUCAGUUCAUUCCAUCAGAGUUCAGAGGUCAGCUACCAAAACCUUUUGCAGAGGGACCACUGGCUACUCGGGUGGUUCCUACUGACAUGAAUGACCAGAACAUAGAAGAGCCAUCCAGAUACAUUGACAUCAGCAAAUGUCAUUAUUUAGUGGAUUUGGACACCAUGAGAGAAACACCCCGGGAGCCGAAAUAUUCAUCCAAUCGAGAAGAAUGGAUCAGCUUGGCCCACAGACCUUUCCUUGAUGCUUCUAGAUCUUCAAAGCUGCUUCGAGCAUUCUAUGUCCCCUUCCUGUCAGAUCAGUAUACAGUGUAUGCAAACUACACCAUCCUUAAACCCCGGAAAAUAAAGCAAAUCAGGAAGAAAAGUGGAGACCGGAGAAGAACAGAAUCACCUUACAGGAAGAAUUGAAAGUCCCUGGACUGGAUUGCUGUGCUAAGCUGUUCUCCACACUCUGGCCUGGCAUCUGAGAACUAGCAAGGCUCUCUUAGGCCGUGUGGGCUCCUCCACCAAAGCUGUCUGGCAGCUCCUAGCAGACCUUGUUCAAAUCCUAGUGCUGAAAUUGAGCACAGCCUACUUGCCAACUGACAUGUCCUUUUCACCUCCAGCAAGACAAAGCUUCUAUCAAGCAAUUCACAGGACUAGGACCCUGUCCUGGAGCUAUCUCAGGAAAAAGGCGACCAUUUGAGGAACUGUGACCUGAUUUUAUUACAUAUGAUGCCUCUAAUUUUCAUUUUAUUUCCUUUACAACUAACUUUCACUGUAUGGUUAGUUUUUUGUUGUUAUUGUCAUUUUAAGUUUUAGCAUGCUCUAUCUUUAAUUCUAGACUCCUCUGUAUAACAGUAACAACAGACUAAACUAUUUAAUCCAAGUAGGGCAUCAUUGGAGAAAUUUAGUUCUAUCAGUUAGUAGAUUUGGAUAACAUCAUGUUUUUAAAUAAUGUAUUCUAAGGCCAUUUCUGAAGAAAUUAAGACUUUUUUUUUUAACAAUCCUAGUGAAAAGGACCAGUAUGUAAUUAUAGCACCUAUUUUUCAGCUCUGUCACAAGCAUAUCCUGCAUGGAGCACUUUUAGGCAAAUAGGCAACGAUUAGGACCCAAUUAAAAUGUAUACGUGUAUACUAUUACUUUAACUUUACACUGUAUUUCACAGUUGACAAGACACUUUCACAACAUCUCACUGAUCCUCACAAUCAGUGUGAGGUAGACAAGACUGGUGAUUUAUCCCCAUUUUACAGAUGAAGAAACAGACUGAGGAUUGGAGGUGAAGUGACUUACCUGAGGUCACGUAGUAAGUAGCUGAGCUGGGGCUAGAUAGAACCUAUGUUGCCUGACUUCUCUCAUCUAGUGCUUUUCCAUGCUUCCUCAACUGUGAAAACACACUGAUGAUGAAGUUGACUAGAGACCUGAUUGAUAGUGUAACUUUCUAUUUUAAGGAAGAAUUUUAUUUAUAUUUCUUUUAGUUCUUUGGAGCCUUCAAUCUGCCUGAAUGUUAGAUAAACCAUCAAAGCAGUGCUCUGUGAUGUAGCCAGGCUCAUGGCCAGAAAGUACUGCUUAUUUUGGAAGUCAUGUUCCUUUGCAGCCACACAGGAUACAACUAUCAGUACUAUUUCUAUUGUCCAUUGGGGGCCACAUUACAGGUGCCUUAUUUCCCUAAGGGUCAAUGUUUUUGGUAUCUGCAAACAGGAUGAAUCUAUUCUUUAGUUUCCAUCUUUCAGUUUU